UAGCGUCCUUGACCUAUCAAAUUUCUGUGGAGGUCGAACCGGCAGAGAAAAAAGAUCCGCACUGAAAAAUGUCGUCUCAAAGAAAGUUUUUCGUUGGUGGUAACUGGAAAAUGAACGGAAACAAACAGAGCGUUGACAAAAUUAUCGAAUUUGUGAACAAAGAUUGCGUUGAUCCGGACGUAGAGGUUGUUGUUGGUCCAUCAGCAAUCUACCUAGACUAUGUGAGGCAAAAAGUGAACCCAGCCGUAGGAGUUGCGGGACAGAACUGCUAUAAAGUUGCCUCUGGUGCUUUUACUGGCGAUAAUAGCGCAGACAUGAUUAAGGAUGUUGGAUGUGAGUGGGUGAUACUUGGUCAUUCAGAGAGGAGACACGUUUUUGGAGAGUCAGACCAGUUGGUAGGUGAGAAGGUGCAAUACGCCUUGAAGACGGGGCUCAAGGUCAUAGCGUGUAUCGGAGAGAAGUUGGAAGAGCGGGAGGCUGGCCAGACUGAAGCUGUGUGCUUCCGACAAACGCAGGCCAUCAUUGACUGUAUACAGAAGUCAGACUGGGCCAACAUAGUUAUUGCGUAUGAACCAGUCUGGGCAAUCGGCACAGGAAAAACUGCGACCCCAGAACAGGCACAGGAAGUCCAUGAAAAACUGCGCAAAUGGCUGAAAGAAAAAGUAUCUGCGGACGUGGCAAACAGUGUUAGAAUCAUCUAUGGAGGUUCUGUAAAUGCUGGGAACUGCAAGGAUUUAGGAGGCAGGCCAGAUAUUGACGGAUUCCUGGUCGGCGGGGCAUCUCUUAAACCUGACUUUAUUACUAUUGUGAAAGCACGUAAAUAGAGGACUACGGAAAUCUUAGUGUUACAUGAAAAUCUUAGUGUAAGAGUUGUUAAUAAAACUGGCAUAUGUGCAAGGAUAUGAACACUUUGCAAGUUAUGAGUUCUCCCAGAUUUCUGCUUGGUCUCUGUUUAGGCUUUUUCAAUAACUAUCUAGGAAGUACACACUAUACGCUGAAAACGCUUAUAAAGCUCAUGAAUAAAACCAUUCUAUAAACUGCUAUUUGGAAGUGAAUAAAGUCUUCUACACAAUUUUAUUUCAUAUUGUUCAUUUCAACAUGGGCUUCUUUGUUUAGUAUUAAAAUGCUUCACAGGAUAUUAUUAUUAGUAGUAGUUUUUACAACACUGUGAGAGGAAUUAUUUUCAGAAAUUUCAGUACACAGUAUUAGAUACAUGUAUUGUGCCAUUGAUUUUGUCAAUAUCAUGUAGCUCCUACUAGUGAGGUCUCAAUACUCUGUUGUUACUUAUGUUGUUUUUUGCAUUUAAGUGCUAGAUUUUUAUGUAUUAGUUCAUUUUAUGUUGUUUUAAUUAUAAAUCAAUAUCUUGAUGGUUACACAUUUCCCUUGGGUUAACACUUAAACCCAGUGAUGAUUGAAAGGAUAAUAAAUAUCUACAUGAAAGUA